UGUUGAAGCAUGUUUGAAAAGCAAUGUCUGACUUUCAUUUGUACAUUUUCAUAGAAUUGUUAUCCAUUAUUACCUUUGUCAGAUUUCAAGUUAUUUCUGUGACCAUUGUGGGUUUUCUUUCAUUAGCUGAGGAGAACCAACAAUUCCACGUGAGUAUAUCCCCGAUUUUAGACUUUAGCCUGAAUGAAAAUGCACUGGAUUAUUCCAGUAUGUUCAAAAAAAGAUUUAGGAUGUCCUGAGCAAAAGAUUUCAGGAGUAACAAAAUUACAAAUAUGUUUUAUUAAUAGCAAACCAUGCAUCUCUACAGACCCUGAGUGAUCCAUGUUGUGCUUGGCAUGCUUUUCAUCUCCACCCCUGUAUCUGCAGGCCAUGCCACAUGGCAUGACUCCAACACUCUUGCUUUAUCACCACACUGGGUGUGGCGCUUUCAGGAACACGAACAAACAAAUGAAUCCUCUGCCAGGCAGAACAGGUUCAGAGGAAAGCAGCAGCCAUGGCGUCUGUUUCGUACUCAGAGGAACUGACUUGUUCUGUCUGUCUGACCAUCUUCACCGAUCCAGUCAACCUUCCCUGUGGACACUCCUUCUGCAGGCAGUGCAUUUCAGAGGUGCUGGUCACACAGCAGCACUGUCCACAGUGUGGGGCAGCUGUAGCACUGGAGGCAGCAAGCCUCCCAACAAGCCUCGUUCUGAAGAGCCUGGCUGAGAAAGCCAAGGCGAAGCCGGACGAAGGGAAACGUCUGACAGCAGAGGUGGCUGGACUCUGUCCUGAACAUGAGGAGAAGCUGAAGUUAUUCUGCAUCACAGACCAGCAGCUAGUUUGCAUCAUCUGCAGAGAUGGCGAGGAGCAUGAAGGUCACCAGUUUAAACCAGUUAAAGAAGCUGCUGCGUCGCUCAGGAAACAGCUGGAGAUGUUUGAACAAUGCACUGCCAACGAUAUUCAUGCUGUAGAACGUCUCGCUGAUGCACAAAAGGACGAAAUGUUUAAAACCAGAGAGAGAUCUCAGCAGCUGUUGGCUCGGAUCAGCAAGCAGUUUGAGGAGAUGCAUCAGUUUCUGAGGAGGAGAGAAAAUGAGAUAAAGAGCGAGCUGAAGCACAAGGAGGAAGACAACGUUGAGAAAAUGAGAGAGACUUUCCAAGCUACAGCCGUGGCUUUGUCUGAGAGCAGAGAGCUGAAGGAAAAAGUCUCCACGGUUCUGAAAAUCACAGAAUCGGAACGGUUCUUAAAGAGCUGGGCAGAGGGGAAGAGCAAGGGGGCGCUAGAGCAUGUGUUCAGGCCCAGAGUGAAUGAACUCCAAGUGGUGGAGUCUUCUCUCUCACUGGGGCCGUAUGAGAGCCACCUGCAGUUCUUCAUGUGGAAGGAGAUGCUUCAGGUGAUCCAGCCCCGGGCAGCACUGCUGACGCUGAAACGCGACAGUGAGGAUGUGGUCGUGUCUGAUGAUGGGAGAAGUUUGUUCUGUAAACCCAAAACACACCAAGUCUUUGGAUACUCCAAACAACAAAGACGUUUUCAGAAGCAAAUUAUGCAUCAUCCGUCUGCUUUCAUAGCUUCACCCAGUUUUACAUUUGGUGAAUCUAGUUACUACAGCCAAAACCCUUCUGGUGCUGAAGCCACAGUAAACUUACAAACUGCAUCCAGUGUCAGUGAGUUCAGAGCCGGGCAGCAUUACUGGGAAAUUGAGGUUGGCAGCAGAAACUAUUGGGAACUGGGGGUAAUGCAUAAUCUCCUGAAAUAUGAUGGAGUAAAAUAUGCCAUAUGUGGCCCAAAUGUCACCACAGAUCUAGAGUUUGGAAACAGACCCAGAAAGAUUGGGGUUUACUUUAACUGCUCUUCUAAAGAGCUCUCCUUCUAUGACGCAGACACCAUGACACACAUCCACUCUGUGAGCGCUGUCUGUGUGACCACGCCAGUGUCCGCACAGAUUAAAAUCCAACACAUGGAGCCGGAUCAUAGUCCUGUCACUGUCUGCUGGUACUGAGCAGCACUGCAGUUCAGCAGAAAUCACUGGAAGUUGAGCUGAAAAGUACAGAACUGGAUCAAAUAUGACUUAGAUUUAUACAAACUUUGUUUAUUUUGAAAUGGCUUUUAUUUAUUUCAUUAUUUCAUCUUCCAUGCAGCGUUUUAUUGUUAACACCUGACAAAAAAAUUAAAAAUAAAAAAUCAUUUGAGCUUCAGGUGAAAUUUAUUAUCUGUUAAUGAAAAAGGUAUAUUGAAUUGUGAAUCUUUCUGGAUUAUAUAUUUUUUGCAUCAAGUUUUUAUAAGCAGCAUGAAGUUAUUUUCUACUCAUGAUUAUUGCUAGAAACUUUUUUUUUUUUUUCCCCCACUUGCCUUCAACUUUUUUGAGAUUAGAAAAGUAAAAUGGAUUACUAAAGUGUUUUUAUUGAAGUCAUGAUGUAAUUCUACCAAAAUGCUUUUAAAAAUACAGUUUGAAACAGAAUAGAAAUAGAAGAAUUGAUGUACACUUUUUAAAACUUGAUGAGAUUUUGUCUCACUGGGAUAUUGAGUUUGACUAGAUGUAUUUAUCUUGAUGUCUAAAACGCCAUCAUCAUUUAACAUUGAGACAAACAUAAUGUCUUAGAAGAAUAUGUUUGAACUUUCUCUGAACAUGUUCUGUGUCUUCUCUGUAUACAAAUGAAUAAAUUUGCUCACAUAUUAUCACA